AUGUCGUCGCGAGCGAGAGCUGGGAGCCGUCGAUCCCAGUACUCUCCGUCGUCAAGAUCAGCGGCUACGAAUGCAUUCAGCACACGUGGCGGAAGCGGCGGCGGCGCAGCCGGCCUCCUAGAUGGCAUCGCGCGGGAGCGACCCCACGUGAUAAUCGCAUCGUGCGCGGUCUUCGUAUUCAUCGCCACUCGGUUCUUCUGGUUCCCCGCGCCUUAUCUCGCCAGCAGAUUAGUCGAGCCAGCCGGUUGCGACUUCGCCGUUUACCUAAACGCCAGAGGAGUCUUAGAAGGCCCUUGGUUAAACGAUACCGCUGAUUCUACUGAUGCAGCCGUCGCCGCCGCUGCCGCCGCCGCCGGGCUCGAUUUCACCUCAGGAUUGGGCGCAGGCACGGGGGUGCUGCUGGGGGACACCGGACCUAACAGGCUCGGCGGAGGCGCAGGUUCGGGAGGAAGCGGAGGAGGCUCGGGAGGCGGGGAGGGCACCAGCGCCGGGCAGAAUGCGGGGCCGAUAUUUUUUUCGGGCAGGAGGCUGCAGGCGAUGGGGAAGAUGGUGGCGGCGCGGGAGGGCGAGGACGACGGGAAGGUGCCGUGGGCGGUGGUGGUGGAGGGGCUGCUCACCACGGGCGCCUUCAGCACCAGUGACCCCGUCACACUUGCCUUCGCGCGCUUGGCCGAGCGGUUCCUGGCGCCGUGGGCGAGAAUAGAGGGUAUCACGGACGGGCUGGGGAAGACAGGUCUCAUCAAGGCCGCUGCACUCAAGGCCAUCGCCACCAACCCCAAGCUCAUGACGUGUGUGGCGCAGGUGCGAGUGGUGGAAGGGCGAGUGUACUUCCGCUACGGCGCCUUCCUGGAAGACGAGAGGAAGCUUCUCAGAAUCAACCUGGCAGUAAAGAUGAUUCACGAAGCCGUGGUCACGUUUGAGCUGCAGACCCUGCGAGCGGAGCUCUAUCUGAACGCGUGUGAUGACGCGCAAAGCUACGACAACUCGCUCUCAUCAGGCCGAUCGGGCUUUGCAGUGCUGAGCUCCCAGUGGACCCCCGGGGUGACAGACAUUCUCUUCCCCGACCCUCUCGACUUCGCCUACCAGCCCUCCUACUUGGCCCGCGCGGGGCAAGUAGGAGAGGCACGGCAGGAGCGACAGGGGCUGGAACCAUUGCCGAUAUGGCAGCGGAGGCAGAGCAAGGCGGUAUGGCGUGGCAAAGCCUUGGAGCUGGUAUUGAAAGAAGCCAACUGGGCCAGCAGCUUGAGGGUGCGCCUGCACCGCAUGUCAGACGCCCGCCCUGACCUGCUGGACGCACGGCUCACCAUGUGGGGCGACAAGGACGGCGUUGAUGCCAAGAAGCUGCUGCUCAGGCACGGUGUUGUGCUGGCGGAGGAGCUGGAUGACGGGGCAGAGAGGAGAGACUACAAGUACGUGCUGGUGGUGGACGAGCAGAUUGGCACGCGUGACAUGUGUCGCGCUCUCAGUGGCCCACAGGCUGUCAUCCGCCACGCGUCAGGCUACACGGAGUUCUUUGAUCCGCUGCUGCUGCCAGGCGUGCACUACGCGCCCGUGGGGCACAGUUUCCGGGACCUAUUCAGUGUGAUAGCGUGGAUGCAGCGCAACGACGCUGCCGUCCGCACCAUGGUGCGCAACGCAAACGAGCUCGCAGCGCUCGUCUGCACAUGGCACUCACGCGUGCACUUCUGGGCGGUACUCCUUGCGAAAUACUCCUCCCGCGCCCUUGAGAACCCUGCAGCUGUGGUCGCUCCCACGCCGUGCCGUGGCGGCCGCGCGAGGGUUUGCUCCCAGUGGGCGAAUUCGUCUGUUUCUGGGGCUUGUAAAGUGGAGCGGAGUGUAGAUGAAGCGGGGGCGUCGUGGAGUGAGCUGGCGAAGGCUGCUGGGGAGAGAGGGGCUAGUGCGUUGUUGGAGGUUCUGGGUAUUGAUGGGAGUGUGAUGGAAGAAGUUGGUGAUGAUAACUUGGAUAGGUGUAGUGAUUUUUGUGUAAGUGGGGUGCCGGAGGAUCAAUGGGUAUGGCUGGAUGCGGAGGAGAGCUUGAAGGACGUGUACCCUCAUGAUCCCAUUGGCCGCUCUUUGCAUCUCCUCUGGUUAUCCACUCAGCCUCGUGCCAAGCCUUCUCUUCAGCUUCGGGAUUUCUUGCAAGAGCUCGCCGAGGCCUCGCCGCCGUCGAUUCGACAAAGAUCCUGCGGUGCGGAGGAGGGCGACUGUGAAGCUCUGAUACCGCCCGAGACGCAGCUAUUCGAUGAGUCUCGCCGAGGAAAUCACAUUCCUGCCGCCAGAGAGUCGUGUCAAGAGAAAAAUACCAAAAAUCUUGCAGCCGGUGAUGAGAUGGUCACGUGUUUACAGACGAAAUGCGAUUCUAUCGAGUCAACGGCCAACGGGGGUGUGCAGGAGUGUGACAGCAAAAGCUCGUGCGACAGCGAAGACUUGUCAAGCGACGACGAAUCGUCAAGCAGUGACGAGUCGUGCAGUGGAUUCUCGUCGUUUGGGAGCGAAGAUUCGUUCGAAACUUCCACUUCUUCCAUCGAAGACAGCCCAAGAGCCGCCGAACCUCUGAUUGGCCAAUCAUCGCCGAGCGGCUCGCUGGUUCAACCAGACAACGUUGACUCUUUCGAAUCCGCGUUGACUAUAGACGACGAAGUUCCCUUCAACGCCACGUGGCCUUUCGGUCCGCAUAGGUUCCCGCCGGUGUCGCCGGCGCGUGCGAGAGAGUCGCCCGGCAAGUCGCCCAACAGCAAGGGGCAGCGGGUUCGGUGGUGCGACGAGGAGGACGGCGGGUCGCUCGUCGAUGUUCGCGAAUUUGAGCGAAGCGACGUGGAGUGGGAGGAUAUUCACCUGCCGCCCAGGCGACGCAGAUACGACGCGUCCGACGCGGAUGACGUGUGCGGAUGCGCGGUGCAGUGA